AUGGCAGGAAACUUAACUACACGCUGCUGCUUGCCGGGGUAUAUUGUUGUUGAGCGCCAACAUGAUGUAUCGCCAACUGAAGAUACGGCACGUCGAGAUCAAUCGAGACAGCAAACGGGUGUCGAGCAGUUUGAAGUUGUAACUUGUCGAGCCAAUUGCAGCUCUGACCAGAACAUCAAGGUUAAGCUGCCUGACGACCCAGGCUACGCGUGGCUCGGGGUGCGAGGUAUCAACGAAGCAGCUUCAUCAAGUCGAUCUAGUCUCUACUUUUACGCCGUGGCGCUACAUUACGGCGCUCGACAAGUGCCGGGGAACGGAGACUUGCAAGCACUGCAGCUCAACUGGCUGCCUGGCUUACUAGAAUUUUUCCCCACACUAGAAUCUCGGCGACGACGAUGCCUAAAGGGUAACUUACGUGUGGUCACUUCGUCGAACGGUGGCAUGCUGCAAGAACUGACGCUAGUAGCCCAGAGAUUGUCAACAUCGAGGCUGGAGCGAUAUGCUGCUCAAAUCGAGUCCAGACUGUUGAGGAUUGACAAGGCAGCAGCUGAACUAGACGAAGAGAGGGGAGCUACCGUAGCUGGCAUCCAGAAUCUAGUCAAGUCCAGCGCCAAGCAAGCCCAGAUUCAGUUAUGGCUCGCCCAAAAGAAGUCAGCCGAUGCAGCUUUCAAACUCUUUGAGCUUGAGAAAGCGGAGGGACGACUGUUUGGGAUGAAAGGGGUCCUAGCGUGGGCUAAUCACGUGACCAAGCUCAACAAAAAGAACGCGGGGGCGACAAUGCUAGAGGCUUUGUUGAAACACUACGAUGACGCAGCGUUGGCAGAAGAGCUCCUGAGCGGCUGA